CGCUUCGCAAAGUUGUUGUUAAUUUUUGUAAAUAUUUAAAACACCAUGGUGAAGCAAAAGCGCAAACCCCAACCAACCGUUGCUCCCGUUGGUGGGAACGAUUCAGAUGGAUCAGACUACGAAGUAGAAUGGCAGAUAAAACCCACUCCAGCGAAGCUCACCAAGGCAGAGCGAUUCCCUUUGCCGGCAGAAGUACAGAAGAAUUUAAAGAAAUCGGCACGAGGUGCAAGAGCGGAAUCUUCCUCGGAAAGCGAAAGUGAUGCGGAAAAUGGCGAGAAUUUACCGACCUUGACUACCACACAAAUUGGGGCAAUUCUAGACACAAUAAAAAACAACAAACGGCUCGUGCUGAUAGUGAAGAACGUGAACUUUUCCACCGCUAAAGAAGAAAUUCAAGAACACUUCGAUCAAGCCGGCAGGGUAAAAGGCGUUCGGAUACCGAAACAUCGUUCGUCUGGAUUCGCGUUUGUUGAAAUGCUGGACGCCGCCGGUUUCCAGAAAGCAUUCCUCCUCGAUGGGUCGUAUCUCGAUGGUCGAAAGAUUAGUGUGCAUUUGUCGGAGAGUGGCAGCAAGAAAUCUGUUUCCCGGAUUCAGCUACUUGAGAAGAAAAACGCGGAAAUUCGAAAGAUGCGCAAGCGGAACAAAAAUGACGAACAGGCCACUGCAAUCACGCUGCUGCCGGACAUGAGCGCGAUCGAAAAGAAAGCUCCUCCUCCGGACAAAUUUCUCGAUAAGCCCAAACCUAAAAUGUUGACCAAGAAAGAGGUCAAAGAACUUAAAAAGAAAACCUCUCUCCGGGCUAAGUUUAAACAUAUGGAGAAAAAAGGUCUGAAAGCGUAGUGAGAUAUUUGCGGAGCAUAAUAAAGAU